GGCGCGGACUCGCCUUAAAACGCAGGGAUCGUUUGGAGAAGCAACAUUGCCAGCUUCGCUUAAACGGCUUGCGCUUAUACACCGACCCGUUUUUUUUUCCCCCCCCAUACGAGUAUAUUAACAAGAUAUACGUACUACAGUUUUGCGUUUGGAUAUUCAGGAGUAACUCGUCGAUUUUUCUCUUCUAUUCAACAUGCGCGAGUGCAUAUCGGUACACGUGGGCCAGGCCGGCGUGCAGAUCGGCAACGCCUGCUGGGAGCUCUACUGCCUGGAGCACGGGAUCCAGCCGGACGGUAUGAUGCCCAGUGACAAGUUGAUCGGCGGCGGCGACGACAGCUUCAACACCUUCUUCAGCGAGACCGGUUCCGGCAAGCACGUGCCCCGUGCCGUUUUCGUCGAUCUCGAGCCGACCGUCGUUGACGAGGUACGUACGGGCACAUACCGGCAGCUCUUCCACCCGGAGCAGCUGAUCACCGGCAAGGAGGACGCGGCCAACAACUACGCCCGCGGUCACUACACGAUCGGCAAAGAGAUCGUCGACCUCGUGCUCGAUCGCAUCCGCAAACUGGCCGACCAAUGCACCGGUCUCCAAGGAUUUUUGAUCUUCCACUCGUUCGGAGGUGGCACCGGCUCCGGCUUCACCUCCCUCCUCAUGGAGCGCCUGUCCGUCGAUUACGGGAAAAAAUCGAAACUCGAGUUCGCCAUCUACCCUGCCCCCCAGGUGUCCACGGCCGUGGUCGAGCCGUACAACUCGAUCCUCACCACCCACACGACCCUCGAGCACUCGGACUGCGCUUUCAUGGUGGACAACGAGGCCAUCUACGACAUAUGCCGGCGCAACCUCGACAUCGAGCGGCCCACCUACACGAACCUCAACCGGCUGAUCGGCCAAAUUGUCUCGUCGAUCACCGCCUCCCUCCGCUUCGACGGUGCCCUCAACGUCGACCUCACCGAGUUCCAGACCAACCUCGUACCCUACCCCCGUAUCCACUUUCCCCUGGUCACCUACGCCCCGGUCAUCUCCGCGGAGAAGGCCUACCACGAGCAACUGUCCGUCGCCGAGAUAACCAACGCGUGCUUCGAGCCGGCCAACCAGAUGGUCAAGUGCGACCCGAGACACGGCAAGUACAUGGCCUGUUGCAUGCUGUACCGGGGCGACGUGGUGCCCAAGGACGUCAACGCGGCCAUCGCGACCAUCAAGACCAAGCGGACCAUACAGUUUGUGGAUUGGUGCCCGACCGGGUUCAAGGUCGGGAUCAACUACCAGCCGCCCACGGUGGUGCCGGGCGGUGAUCUGGCCAAGGUGCAGCGGGCCGUUUGCAUGCUGUCCAACACGACGGCGAUAGCGGAGGCGUGGGCGCGCCUGGACCACAAGUUCGACCUGAUGUACGCGAAGCGGGCCUUUGUCCACUGGUACGUGGGCGAGGGUAUGGAGGAGGGCGAGUUCUCGGAGGCGCGGGAGGAUUUGGCCGCCCUCGAGAAGGACUACGAGGAAGUUGGCAUGGAUUCGAUCGAGGGGGAGGGCGAGGGGGCCGAGGAGUAUUGAUUUUUCGAGAUUGAUUUUUUUUUUUUUUUUCUUUCUUUUUUUACUUUAUUUUGCGUCUUGCACGCGCACACGCACGAUAAUCUCUAACUAUAGACUUAGGCUUUUAUUUAUAUGUAUCAUUUGUACACGAAACAAUAAAUUUUGUUCAUUUUUACCAGGA